GAUUCCUGAAAGUACUGUUAUGUCCCUUCCAUAGUAGGCGCAUUAAACUGCUCCGGUUGCAAACUUAUGCCGGUCUUCUGUUUUCAUUUCAUAGACGCUCGUUCAUUUGCAGAUUUCUCUUAGUUUUGUAUAAUCAACAUUGAUUCUAUGAUUAUCCUUUGAAAACACUAGACCACUACCCCGCCCAUUUUGCCUUUUAGUUGCUUUCAGUAGCAAAAGGAUUGUGUUUGUGUGUAUGUGGUGGGGGGGGGGGGGGGAGUUCAAAUUAAUUAAAUCUUAAACAACUCCAUGUUUUCCUUUUUAAAACUUGAAAUGUCUGUACAAUACACUUAAUAUUAGCUAUUAAAAGCUCCUUCAUAUAAAUAUAUUUGCAUACAGUAAGAUCAGUGUGCUGAUUUCUGCGUGAUAUUGACCGUGUUGUUUGUGAUUGUUUCUUCCAGCAUCUGAGUUGAGACAUCAUGUACCAAGAGUUGUGUGACGAGUCUUCUACUGCCCGGAAACUGGUCGUGAGCCAGAAGACGGUCAGCUCCAAGAUGUUUGGCCGAGGUCGUGGCCAGAGUCACGGAGCAGGGUCAGGCUUGUUGAGAGGUCGUGGAGGAACGACGAAUACGUCCGUUCUCGGAGACGUGGUCAAGGAACAGCCGUUGGAGAACUUCACCCCUGCCUGGUUGUCUCAGUCAGGGCUGUUGUCUAUGGUCGAGACUCCAGACUCGUCCUCAUCAGCGGAGACGUCUUCAGCAAUUGGACCUUCCUUGUCUGGGAAGUUGUCUUCUUCGGUUGAACCUUCCUCGUCAGUGGAGCCGUUGGUACCAGUGCCUGAGACAAAACUGCCUGCUAUAGGGAGUGAGCCGGAGGUUCUGUUCAUCUUCGCCAACUCUGCAGAGGAGUUGUUCCUCUUGGAUGCUAAGAUGGUCAAUCUGGCGCACCAAGUGGGCGAUCUUCUCAACCGGACCUGUCGGGACGGUCCAGCUGUGGACAAGAAGGAUGUGAGAACUGGGUGUCUGGUUGCAGUGCAGUGUGGGGAAGGCUGUUACAGAGCCAAGGUGGAAGACGUAAGAGAAGAUCAGGUCCGAGUCAACUUUAUCGACUUCGGGAACAGCGAGCUGGUGUCUCUGGACUCCGUGAGGGAAAUCCCGAGGGAAGAACUGGUGCUGAACACACCGCCUCUGGCCUGGCCAUGUAAGCUCAGGAAGCCGGAGGACCGCCAAGGCUCGUGGCUCUCAGAUAUACAGAAGAUUUUCCGAGGGAUCUGGAAAAAGCAAACCUUUGUGGCGAGAGUUGUUCACCAUACAGGUGGGUGUUGUGUUGUGGAUCUGACACUGCCCGAUGGUCAGUUGGUCAACUCAAUGCUGAUCAAGUCAGAGGUCACUUCACCUGUCAGUUCUGCUCGUCCAGGGGCAGUGGUCAAGCCGUCACUUCACCUGUCAGUUCUGCUCGUCCAGGGGCAGUGGUCAAGCCUUUAG